AUGAGUGGGUUAUUGUAUUGUGGUAUUUGUUGCAUGUUGAUAAGUGCGUGGGGUAUUAUACAAUUGACAAUCCUGGGAUCUAUGUUCUAUUUUGAGGUGCCUAUUUUAUUCGAAGAAGUUGAAGCGGAAGACUAUGAUGAUUAUGAUGACUUCAUUAAAAAGACAAAAGAGAAUUAUCUUGCAGUGGCAAUUAACUGUUGGAUCGCGGCUGUUGUUUACAUAGUCACUCUGGCAUUAUCCUGCCUAUGUAUAAUGAAAGCAAAAAGAACAGCUGCCAGAGAAGCAAAGUUACUUGAAGAUGACGAGUACGUCUGUACGAUGAGAGAACCGAAAGUUCAGAAGAAAAAACGGAAGGUCGUUGAUUAA